AUGGCUGAUACUGGACGUGGCCGUGGCGGAUUUGGGCGAGGACGAGGAGACCGUGGACGUGGAGGACGUCGUGGACCCAGAAGGGGAGCUAAGCGUGACGAGGAGAAGGAUUGGGUGCCCGUGACCAAGCUCGGACGUCUUGUCAAGGAUGGAAAGAUCAAGUCAAUGGAAGAGAUUUAUCUGUUCUCGCUCCCCGUCAAGGAGUACCAAAUCGUCGACUUUUUCCUGCCCAAGCUCAAGGACGAGGUCAUGAAGAUUAUGCCCGUCCAGAAGCAGACACGUGCUGGUCAGAGGACGCGUUUCAAGGCGUUUGUGGCUAUUGGAGACUUUGAUGGUCACGUCGGGCUGGGCGUCAAGUGCGCAAAGGAAGUCGCGACUGCCAUUCGUGGUGCGAUCAUUACGGCCAAGCUUUCGGUUAUCCCCGUCCGAAGAGGUUACUGGGGUGCUGCUCUCCAGGAGCCACAUACUGUCCCGAGCAAGGUCUCUGGCAAGGUUGGAUCCGUCAUGUGCCGUCUCAUCCCUGCUCCUCGUGGUACGGGUAUCGUUGCUGCUCCUGCCUCGAAGCGAUUGCUCCAGCUCGCUGGUGUGCAGGACUGCUACACCCAGUCCAAGGGUAGCACCGCGACCAUGGGUAACUUCUUGAAGGCGACGUUUGCCGCGCUCACCAAGACAUAUGCGUUCUUGACUCCCGACCUGUGGCGUGAGAUUCCUCUCUCGAAAAACCCCUACGACGAGCACAGCGCACAUCUUGCAUUGACUCAGAAAAAGGCUUAUUAG